AUGGCCUUGACCUGGUAUACAAGGUUAACACCAAACUCAGUGGAGACCUGGAAGGAUUUGGAGAUCCUCUUCCACGAGGGGUUUUACAAGGCACCUCCAGAUGUCACCCUCGACGAUGUGGCUCGUAUAUCACAGCUGCCAAGUGAAUCGGUGGAGAAGUACAUCGGCCGAUUCAGAAAUCUGAGAAUGUGGUGCUCAACAAAGAUGUCUGAGGCCGAUUGCGUCCCAAUGGUGGAGAAAGAACAGAGACGAGGAGCUUCGAGUGUUACUUACUACAAAGACCAGUUGGACAUAGCCGUGGUUUCGGACAACGAGGAUAGAAGCUCGGAGGACGAAAUCAAGAUGGCCGAAUUCUUGGGUAGCAAACCAUUGAAAUGCUCGGAUCUGAGAAAAACGGGUUUUGUCAAGAAGAAUAAAACCGCAGUAGUGCAGAGGGAAUAUUCCUUUGACUUGACCAAAGCCGACGAAAUUUUUGAUGCUUUGUUCAAAGAUGGACAGAUCGCCCUUAGUGAAGGUCACGUGAUCCCACUGCCGGAGAAUAUGAAGGCGAUCAAUGAAGGAAAACUCUUGUUCCCUACUAAGAAAGAGGCCGAUGCAAAAUAUGUGUCCAUCAACACUGUUCGGCCUCAUUUUGAUAGUUUCUUGAAACAGAGGCAGAUCCAGAGCAAGUGA